GGCAGCCAGAGUGUUACCCAGACCAGCAUUUGCCAGGGAGUGCAUACCAAAGCCUUGGGAUGCAAUGGAGAAGGCCUGUCCCUGAGUAGCCACCAGACCGGCUGGUGGCAACUGCAGACAAACCUCCCCAGAUGAAGGAGGAGGAGGAAGGAGGAGGAAGGCAUUCUCUUAAAUAGAGUUUCAGUAGUUCAUGCUUGCUACAAGGCAUGUUGGUUUAGGACUGUCACGCAAGAUGAAAGCAACUGGCAGAAGCAAGCUCUGCUUACUAGGAUUUCUCUUUGGUUUCUGCUUGACUGCUCUUUCUGGCAGCAGCGUCUGUCCGAAGCUCUGUGCCUGCUACGUACCUACCGAAGUGCAUUGCACAUUCCGAUAUCUCACCACCGUACCACCGCACAUCCCUGAAAAUGUGGAGCGUAUCAACUUAGGUUACAACAGUUUGGUUAAACUGACUGAAACAGAUUUUUCUGGCCUGGAGAAGUUGGAGUUGUUGAUGUUGCAUAGUAAUCAGAUACAUACUAUCCAAGACAGGACAUUCUCCAAUUUACAUUUGUUACAGGUCUUAAAGAUGAGCUAUAACAAUGUCAAAGUUGUUCAAGCAGACACUUUUCAUGGUCUCACAAGUCUGGUACGAUUGCAUAUGGAUCAUAAUCAAAUUGAAUUUGUAAACCCAAAUGCUUUCUAUGGUCUUACAUCACUGAGGCUGGUCCACUUGGAAGGAAAUUUACUUAAACAACUUCAUGCAGAUACUUUUGUCAGCAUACGCUACCUCCAGAUAUUCAAAACAUCUUCCAUAAAGCAUGUUUACUUGUCUGACAACUUGCUUACUUCACUGCCAAGAGACAUUUUCACUUACAUGUCUGAGAUAGAGAGCAUCUACCUUCAUGGAAACCCCUGGAUUUGUGAUUGUGUGCUGAAGUGGUUUGCUGAAUGGGCAGAACAGCACCCAGAUAUUGUGAAGUGCAAAAAAGACAGAGGUCCUUCUAGUGUUCUGCAGUGUCCAUUGUGUGCGAAUCCCAGGAAUCUGAAAGGAAAACAGUUAGCUGAUAUUCCAUCUUUGGACUUUAAUUGUGUUAAACCGAACAUAGCUCCAACCUUGAAAUUCAAGAACACCACUGUGCCAGAUGAUAGCGACUUUACUUCAGUAUCUCCCAAAGAUUUUAUUGCUCCCAUAGGUUCUAUGAUAUUGAACAUGACCGACCAAGCAGGCAAUCAAGCAAAUUUGGCAUGCAGUGUGCAAAAUCCUACAAAAAUGUCCCCAGUCACACUUAAUAGAAGUUACAACACAGUACUUGAGAUAUCUUUAUCAACAUUUCUUGUGUGCAGCAUUGAUUAUGAGCACAUUCAGCAACUGUGGAGCAUACUGGCCCUGUACAGUGAUACUCCAUUAAAACUGAAAAGGGAUCUCUUACUGACAAAAAUGCCUUAUAUCAGUUAUAAAUACAGACAGACAGACUCCAAAAAUGAAGAGCUGUUCACUAACAUAGAAGCGGAACUGAGAGCUGAGCCUCCUUGGCUAAUGCAGAGCCACAUAUCCCUGCAGUUAGAUAGGACUGCAACCACACUCAACACUUUACAUAUUCAGUACUUAAUAGAUGCUCAAAUCACCCUCCCAGUUGCUACCCAAAAAGCAGCAAGACAAAACUGGGCCAUGAUCAUACGAGACAACCGCACAAGAACUGAACACUCUGUCUUAGUAGGCGGGUCUGUGGAAUUGAACUGCCAAGCCUUUGGGGAUCCUACCCCUGCCAUUGAGUGGAUAUUAGCUGAUGGAAGCAAACUCAGAGCUCCCUAUAUUAGUGAAGAUAGGAGAAUCACAAUAUCAAAAAGUGGGAAGUUCACACUACGUCCAGCAGAUAAUUUUGACACUGGUGUUUAUCAUUGUAUUGGAACUAAUUAUGAUGAUGCAGAUGUCCUGACAUUUAGAAUUACUGUGACUGACCCUUAUAUGGAACACAACCAUUUAAAUGGACUUCAGCUCUCACCACUUUUAGGUGAAACAGUCUAUCUUCCAUGCCAGUCUGUGGGUGUCCCAGAUGCCUCUGUUAAUUGGAUCUUACCCGAGCACAUGGUUCUUCAGCAUUCUUCAAGAAAUAAGCUUCUUUUUCAUAAUGGCACAUUAAAAAUACAACCGGUGACAGACCGUGACAGUGGUUACUUCAAGUGUGUAACAGCCAAUCAGUAUGGCGUUGACUUUUUGGUUUAUCAAAUACUAGUUAAAAGGGAUUCAGACAGGUCUCAAAAACUAGAUCUACAAUUAGAAGAUCAGGCAGCAGAAGGAUCUGGCAAUGAACAACUUGAAGUUAUUGCCAAACCUCACCAUUCCCCACCUAUUGUCCAAACCCAAGUAACUAGUCAUGCUUCUACUGCAGUUCCAUCUACAAAUCGUCCGACACGGAAGAAAACUAAUAAUUACAGAGAGGUGUACAAGCAGGACAGAGACAAGAUAAAGAGACGGUUCAGAGGGCACAGGAGGCAGUUUGGUCUCUCCUCAAGGAAAAUUGAUCCAUUGCACUGGGCAGCAUUGUUGGAAAAAACAAAGAAGAAUUCCACAUUAUCAAGGAAACAAGAAAAUGCCACAGUGAAACCAACUGUAAAAGUGCUUCUAGCCUCAAAGAUUUCUGGAAAUGAUGAGGAAAUGUCUGGAGGCGAUAUACUUCCAGAAGAAGAAUUUAUGCUACUAGCAACUAAACGACCGGCAGUACACACUCUGAGAGAAGCAACAGGAAAUGUAGUGACAGCAGAACUUGGAAGCAUAUCAAAGAAUUACAGUUCUCCAGCAACAUUUGUCAUGGUUACAGAAGCAGUAACUCCAGUAGCCAGUCCACUGGUUACAUAUUCUCAGAGACCCCAGAAGUUACAUGUGGAACUUAAACCUGAAAUGGCAAGAGCUACUCUUGAUGCAUACCAAAUGACAUCUACAACUACAGAGUCAUCUGCUCUGUCUCGUAAUAUAGCAGAAACUUUGAAUACUUCACAGAGAUUGAUAUCAUCUGAAGAAAAUGAUUUGCACUUAAAAACAAUGACACCAACAAUGGAUGUUACUAAGAACAUUAGCUCUGUGACUUCUCAUGGGAUUUCUGAAACCCCUGAUUUAUUUGCAGAGGCCAUUGAGAAAGCAUCAAGGAAAUCAAAUCAACAAGUAUCUGUAGUGAAAGUCAGUGUACCAGAUGAUGUAUUUAGACAUAUUUAUGUAUACAGUACACAGAAAAUAACAACUCCUCAACUACCUGCAGGCUCAACCAUUGUCACUCAUCAGCAGAUUAAGAUAGUUAGGGAUGCUACAACUCACACCCCACUCUCCAGACGAUAUGGCAGGCGAAGGAAAAUCUCUGGAAGAAGACGAAUAGUUAGACCUGAUCGUAUUCCCAACAUUGUAGGUCAUAGAUUUGCUUUAGUUAGACCAGGAUUUGCUCAAGAAAGUAAAAAACUGUCUUCUGCAGAAGUGAGCACACCUACUUUAACUCCCCUCAGCAAAUCUCUUGAACAGAUUACCUCUCAAGUGCCUAUUUCCACUUCAUACACAAAGCACUAUCCAGAAGCAACAACUGUUAGUCAAAACUUUGCAUUCCUAGGAAAUAAACUUAUUGCAGCUGAAGAGCAUACAACUGAAGAGCAUGCGACUGCCACAACAAUGCCAUUUUAUUUUGGAAGUACUAAAGUUGCACUACAUAGAAAAGUAGAAACUGAUAGACCAUUACAAGAAGCAACUGACACAGACCCACAAUUCAGCAUCAGACCCCCAGCGGCAACAAACCAUAGCCCAAGUGUUGCUAAGGAGAUUGUAUCUACUAAAGCCACUUCACUUAUUAAAUCCAGUCCUGCAGCUCUUAGAAUUAACACUUCUCCAACUGGGGAAAUUCUUUGGCAUAAUUCCUUUGGAAGCAACCAAGAUCAAAAGGUGUUCCUGGAGCUCAGAUUACACAAAAGUGCAGAAUCCUCAAAUACUGUACCUGUUACAUCUUUUCAAACUGCAGUACCAACACACAACAUUUCACCAGUACAUACAACUCCUGCUUCAAAAUGUGAGAACCAAACUGAUGAUAUUAUAACACUUAAUGAACCCAUAAGUGAAAACACCAUGUUGGAAAAACAAGUUCCCACUAUUUCACUUGGUUUUACAGAACUGACAUCUUCAGCCUACACCUCUAGUCUUACAACUGUUCUAAAUAAGGAAACCGAGGGCACAAGCACCAAGCCAGUUCUAACUACCACUGCUCAUGUAGAAACUAAAACUUCCAAACUCAGAGCAUUAAGACCAGACAGAAGGAGAGGUCAGAGGAGAAGACGGCCUCUGAAAAGACGGCCUUCACACAAAAGCAUUGUCAGUGAAAGAAUUGCUACCUUUUCCAAGCAAACUGUACCUUCACCUAAUUUGGUAACUGCUAAAAAAGAUACCUUUUCUACUCAUUCAAUACCAACUGAACUGCUUUCUACACAUACUGGCACAAAUGCAAUUACAGCUAGACUACAUCCACCAAUUAUUAGCACAACUGAAAUACUCGGAGGUAAAUCCACAUCCAUCACUCAGAUAUCAACAAGAAAUACCGCAAGUAUAAAUAGCUUCAUUGCUAAGGUACCAACAGAUAGGUCUUCUGAAAAACCUACCACUGCAGUCCCAUUCACAGAAUCAUCCUUGCAUUCUUCAAGCAUGACCACAGUGUUACCACAUCCCUUGGUAACACUGACAACAGUAUCUACCAGGCUAACACAGACUGCUAUAGAAAUAGAUGAGGAAUCAUACCCGAGUGUUGGGGGUACCUUUGUUCAAAAAAACCACACAGCUAAAGCAGCUACUCCUGUUAAAAGUCAGUCAAGGACCCAAGCUCCUAUUGAAGCAGGAUACCCCACCACACAGGAACCGAACUCAUUAGCAUCCCAAACAGUGAUUAUGCCACAUGCAGUUGUCACACAAACCAUUGCAUCUCCCAGGUGGGAAGAAAGGUUCUGGCAUGAACCAUCACCAAAAAUUGCAGGAAGUGGCAACACCCUCAUGGGCAACACACUGACCACAAUGAAAUCUCCUCAGAGCUCCACUGAAUAUACUCCUUUGUGGGGAGAAACCAAGAGCCAUUAUGUCAAAAGUUGGUCUGAGAAACCAGCAAGCCAGGUAACCACAACUACAAAUCUGAUAAGCUUAGAUCAUCUUCACAAAACCAAGGCAGCAAGACCCAGGAUAAUUGGAGGGAAACUUGCAGCAUUUACAGUCCUGGCUAACUCAGAUGCCUUCAUCCCUUGUGAAGCCAAUGGAAAUCCUCAGCCAACAAUACACUGGACUAAAGUAUCAUCAGGGGUUGAUGCAUCAAAACACAAACGUGACAACAGAUUUGAAGUUCUUCCCAAUGGAACCCUUUCCAUCCAGAAUGUGAAGAUCCAGGACCGUGGACAGUACCUUUGUGUAGCUGCCAACCAGUUUGGCUCCGACAGCCUUCUUAUCACAUUGUCUGUGGUAGCCUAUCCACCUAGAAUUCUAGAGGGAAGGUCCCAGAUUAUUACUGUUCAUUCUGGCAAACUGGUGAACAUAAAGUGUACAGCUGAAGGCCGACCCACUCCUACAAUUUAUUGGGUCCUUGCAAACAAAACUUACAUCUCAGAAUCUUCUACAGGAAAUGAGCCUGUUUCUGUGCAAACAGAUGGCACAUUGAUAAUAAAGCAAGUCAGUGUUUAUGACAGAGGGGUUUACAUGUGCACAGCAAGUAAUCCAGCUGGUUCAGAUACAAAGAAUGUAAGACUGCAAGUAAUUGCUGCACCACCUACUAUCCUGGAAGAGAAGAGACAACAUAUACUAGGGAAUAUGGGAGAAAGCUUGAAGCUUCCCUGCACUGCCAAAGGAAAUCCUCAUCCAACUGUUCACUGGGUCCUUUUUGAUGGAACUGUAGUGAAGUCUUUGCAGUAUAUAAGUGGCAAACUUUUUUUGUUCCCUAAUGGAACCCUUUACAUCAAGAAUAUAGCCCUUUCUGACAGCGGAAAUUAUGAAUGUAUAGCUACUAGCUCCACUGGCUCAGAAAGGAGAGUGGUAAUCCUCAGAGUAGACUAUAGAGAAGCAAUCCCCAGAAUUGCAGCUGCAUCUCAAAGAUUGACUCAGUUGAAGUUUGGAGACCGAUUGUUUCUUAAUUGCUCAGCUACAGGCGAGCCAAAGCCCAGGAUAAUCUGGAGAUUACCAUCCAAAGCUGUUGUUGACCAAUGGCACAGAAUGGGGAGUCGAAUCCAUGUGCAUCCCAAUGGAACCUUGGUGAUCGAAACAGUAACAGAAAAAGAUGCCGGUGACUACAUAUGUGUUGCAAGAAACAAAAUGGGAGAUGACCUGAUCCUUAUGAAAGUCAGAGUGACAAUGAAGCCCGCAAAAAUAGACCAAAAGCAGUAUUUUAAGAAACUGGUGCCUUAUGGGAAAGCCUUCAAAGUGGAUUGCAAAGCUUCUGGGUCACCUGAACCAGAAAUAACUUGGAGUUUGCCAGAUGGUACAAUGAUCAAUAAUGUAAUGCAAGCAGAUGACAGUGGGCACAGAUCUCGAAGAUACAUUUUGUUUGACAAUGGGACUCUGUAUUUCAACAAGGUUGGAAUAGCAGAGGAGGGGUACUAUACAUGCUAUGCACAAAAUACACUUGGAAAAGAUGAGAUGAAAGUGCACAUAACAGUAGUAGCAGCUGCACCUCAAAUAAAGCAGAAUUCCAAGGCCUAUGCAAAGGUAAAAGCAGGAGAUACUGCCCUGUUGGACUGCGAGGCCAUAGGAGAACCAAAACCAAAAAUAUUUUGGUUGUUGCCUUCCAAUGACAUGAUUUCAGUUUCAACUAACAGAUAUUUUCUGCAUGUUAAUGGAUCAUUGUCUGUAACGAAGGUGAGGCUGUUAGAUGCUGGAGAUUACAUAUGUGUUGCACGCAACUCUGGUGGAGAUGACACAAAGCUUUAUAAACUUGAAGUGGUUUCUAAACCACCUCUGAUCAAUGGACUGUAUACAAACAAGACAGUCAUUAAAGCAACAGCCAUCAAGCAUUCAAAGAAGCAAAUAGACUGCAGAGCUGAAGGAACACCCCAACCCCAGAUCAUGUGGAUUAUGCCUGACAAUAUUUUUCUAACUGCCCCAUACUAUGGAAGCAGAAUAACAGUGCACAGAAAUGGAACACUUGAAAUUCGUAAUGUAAGAUCCUCAGAUACAGCAGAGUUUAUCUGUGUGGCACGCAAUGAUGGGGGAGAAAGCAUAUUGGCAGUCCAGCUGGAGGUAUUAGAGAUGCUAAGACGCCCGAUGUUCAAAAAUCCAUUUAAUGAGAAAAUAACAACAAAACCUGGACAAACCACCUUCUUAAAUUGCUCUGUAGAUGGAAACCCUCUUCCUGAAAUCAUCUGGAUGUUACCAAAUGGUACACGGCUUUUCAGUGGUGUUAGAACACCUAAACACUACUUGAGGAACAAUGGCACACUUGUUGUCUAUAACCCUUCUAAAGCAGAUAUGGGCAAGUAUCGAUGUGCAGCUAAAAAUAAAGUUGGCUACAUUGAAAAGUUGAUUGUACUAGAAGUUGGUCAGAAACCUACAAUUUUCAUCCACUCAAGAGGAGCAAUAAAGAGGACAAGUGGUGAAACCGUAUCCCUUCACUGUCUUGCUGGUGGAAGUCCCAAGCCAACCAUUAUAUGGACAGUUCCUAGUGGCUAUGUUCUAGACCGGCCUCAAAUUAAUGGGAGAUACACGUUACUGGAAAAUGGUACUUUAGUUAUCAGAGAUGCAACCGUUCAUGACAGAGGAAGCUAUGCAUGCAAAGCUCAGAACUAUGCUGGCGAUUCAACAGUAGUGGUUUUUGUAAUGGUUGUGGCACAUCCACCACGGAUUACAAACAGACCACCGAGGAAUAUUCGCACUAAGGCUGGGGUAUCUGUUCAGCUUAACUGCAUGGCACUGGGAAUACCAAAUCCAGAAAUUACAUGGGAGCUGCCUGACCACUCAUUACUUUCCGCAGGCAGCAAAGUCCAGCCAUCUGGAAGUGAACUUCAUCCACAAGGAACAUUAGUCAUUCAGAAUCCAAAACCAUCAGAUUCUGGCAUGUAUAAGUGUAUGGCUAAGAACCAGUUUGGCAGCGAUUCCACAGUAACUUACGUUCAAGUAAUCUGAAAUGAGAAAUUCAGUCUGAAUAAUUGAUUUUUUAAAAAGUCCAAUCUGGACCAAAUUUGGCUAUUGAAGAAGUUUAAUCAAAAGCAGUCAAAGGCAUGGCAGUCGUAUUACAAUUAUAGUUUUCAAUUUACAGUCAAUAUACUAAAAGACAGGCAGCUUUAGGGGAAAAUCUACAUUAUGAACUAGUGUUUUAAUAGAGAUUUUUAAAUCAACCUUACAUGUAAGGCACUUAAUUUUGCUAGCAAAGCAACAGUGCAUACCAACAAGAAACUACCUUAAUUAAAAAGUGCCUAUAACAUAACUGAAAGUAUUUAGUAUAAGAUUUGACCCUUUAAAAUGCUAGGUUCUUAUCUCCCAUUUCACAGUAGUAUAAACAUGGCACAUAUUGUAAACAUAUGCAAAGACAUGUAAAAAUAAAAGGUUAUUGUUAUUUGUUACCUUACAUAUGAAUAUUUUGUAGUUCUCUUACAAAUAUUUUAAAAACAGCAGUAUGUGCUGACCUAUUUGUAAUACUAAAAUUGUGUUCUUCCAUGCAGGAGUCCUUUUUUGUGGGGCAAUGGAGGAACCAAUAGAAAAUAGUUUAAUGAUAGUUUGUUUUUUAAAGAGAGACAAUAUGGAUUAUUUUUCUAAAAUAAAGAGAACAAUCAAACCUG